AUGAUAAACGCUCUUCAGAGCUCGAUCAGACAACACAGAAGCGGCGAUAUGAACCUAUUAGCCAAGAUUGUACUUCUACUUUUGGCCCUGGAGGCUGUAACUGCCUUGGAGACUAAUCUCACAUCCUGGCGACAUCAUCGAAGACAAAAGCGAUUCCUAAUUUAUCAGAACGGCGGUGUUAUCAAGUUUGUUUCAGGUUGUGCAUUUCCGGUUCCGUUUAUGGAGAAAAAGGUGUGGCGCCAGUUGGUUUGGCUGAUGAACUUCCACUACCAAUUCAAUGAGCCACAAACUCCUAUAUACUGGUGGAAACUAUGGGAUGGUUCCCGUAAUCUUAAAGGACCUAUUACCCAACCAGUUACUCCAUCGGUUCCCGCUCGUCUUCUAGUGGAUGAGCCUCAGCUUUUGCUUUUCAAGUUCGCUGAGGGUUACAUGAAUCAGUUGGGUCAGAAUGGAACUGCCUGUCUCGAGAGAUUGAUUUGUGAGAAUGGUCAGGUGGACGAGCACAGAGGACUCUAUGCGCAACUUCUACACAGAUUGUUAAGACCACAUCGAACGCUGGACGGUCGAUAUAUAGAUGCUUUUAGGAUGGGUCGCCAUGGUGUCAAUUGCCGAAAAGCCUUUCCAGAGGCCAAUCACUGCGUUUUGGAUGACUAUAUACACCUUCAUGAACGAGGACCCACACAGAGUUUUCUUUAAGCGUAGAAUUAGA